ACCACACAAAAUCCAACCUUCCAUGAAUCCUCCUUUCACAAUGUAUUUAUACACUCCCUCACCAUCUCAUCUCCAAUAUCUCCUUCACCAACUAAAAUGGCCGCCUCAACCUCAAAUCCCACCUCCGCUAACCCCUUCUGGUACCAGUUUCUCUUUGGCCGCUGGUUCUCUGUCUUCGCUUCCAUUCUCAUCAUGUCCGUCGCCGGUGCCACCUACAUGUUCGCCCUCUACUCCUCCGACAUCAAAUCUUCCUUAGGCUACGACCAAACCACCCUCAAUUUGCUCAGCUUCUUCAAGGACUUGGGCGGCAAUGUCGGCGUCAUCAGCGGUCUCAUCAACGAGGUCGCUCCCGCCUGGGUGGUUCUUCUGAUUGGUGCCGUCAUGAACCUUUUUGGCUACACCAUGAUUUGGCUGGCCGUAACUAAUAGAAUACCCAAACCCCAAAUCUGGCAUAUGUGUCUCUACAUCUGCCUCGGAGCUAAUUCUCAGACCUUUGCAAAUACAGGGGCUCUUGUAACCUGCGUCAAAAAUUUCCCGGAAAGUCGUGGUAGUGUUUUGGGGCUUUUGAAGGGGUUCGUCGGCUUAAGCGGCGCCAUUUUGUCCCAACUUUUCCAUGCCUUUUAUGGCAAUGAUUCCAAAUCUCUUAUCCUCUUAAUCGGUUGGCUUCCCGCUGCCGUCUCUGUUGUUUUCCUCCGUUUCGUUCGCAUCAUUAAGGAUCUCCGGCAGCCCAACGAGGUUAACGUUUUUUACCAUAUCCUUUACAUUUCUCUCAGCCUUGCUGGGACUCUAAUGGUCUUGAUUAUUUUGCAAAGUCUUCUCCGAUUUCAACAAAUACAAUACGUCGGAAGUGCCAUUGUUGUGAUUGUUCUGCUUUUACUACCUCUGGCCAUUGUUUUCAGAGAGGAAUUGAGUGUUUGGAAGAGUAAAAUUGCUAACCCAAUUUUACAAUUAGAGUUAGCAUCUCAACAACCACCGCCGCCACUGACUUCGACGGUGCCACUAGCGCCGUCGAGCCCUCCAUCGGACUCCUGCUUUAAAAACAUGUUUAAACCUCCAAACAGAGGAGAAGACUACACUAUCCCACAAGCCAUUUUCAGUAUCGAUAUGAUAAUUCUUUUUAUCGCCACAAUUUGUGGAGUCGGUGGAACAUUGACGGCGAUCGACAAUUUGGGCCAAAUCGGAGAGUCAUUGCGGUACCCAUCUCACAGUACCACCACAUUCAUCUCUCUAGUCAGCAUAUGGAACUACCUCGGCCGUGUAGUCUCCGGAUUCGUAUCGGAAUAUUUCUGGAAAAAGUACAAAGUCCCACGUCCUCUAUUUCUCUUCGUGACGCUUAUUCUGUCCUGCAUCGGUCAUCUUCUAAUAGCAUUCGGAGUUCCGAAUUCAUUGUAUUUUUCUUCAAUCAUAAUCGGGUUCUGCUUCGGCGCACAGUGGCCAUUGAUCUUUGCAAUCAUAUCGGAGAUUUUCGGGUUGAAGUACUACGCGACUUUGUACAAUAUGGGUGGAGCGGCGAGUCCGAUUGGGGCGUAUAUCAUGAACGUGAGAGUGGCGGGUCAUUUGUACGACAGAGAGGCGCAAAGGCAGAUGGAGGCGGCGGGGAGACUGAGAAAAAAAGGGGAGGAUUUGAGUUGCUUGGGAGUGGAAUGUUACAGAAAGGCAUUUCUUAUAAUCACGGCGGCGACGGUAUUCGGGGCGCUUGUUUCGCUGAUUUUGGUGGUUCGUACAUGGAAGUUUUAUAAGGGCGAUAUUUACCGGAGGUUCAGGGCGGAGGAAGGUGAAGACAUCGAAAUGAAAAUGGCCGCUCCGACCAACAGUACGUUGACGACAGCGAAAAACUGAAUCUGUUUAGUAGUUUUUUCAUCUAAGUAUUUUCUUUACUUAUCUUUGUACAUUUUAUCCAAUUAUCUUUAUCAUAGUUUCAUAUUUAACUAAUGUAUACAUAUGUUAGCAGCCAACUAAAGAAAUAAUAAUGUAUCACAAUGAAUACAUCUUGACAUACAUCAAAACAUUGAGAAAAAAAAAAUUAGAUAUGUGCUUGUUUUGAUACA